UGCACUAUGGUGAGCGUUACAUUCAUGCCAGGAACGAGAGGGUUAAAACGGGGAGGGGAUCAUGCUGGGAGGCUGACGUAUCGAGCACAGUCAGUGGAUAACUGGGUUGCAACAUCAAUAACAAUCGGUAUAAUACCGCUGGAUCAUCGGCGUUGCAUGCGUUUAAAUACAGGAAUCCCCCAGGCCUAUUGAAUGCGAUUGGUAUGCAUUGUCACAACCCUAGUAGAACACUGCAACGAGGAAAUUCGGACUAAUAUUCGUGGUUUCGUUAUCUGUAACGAGGGCGUUACAGGAAAGAUGCCUUGUCCAUCGGUGAGUGCGGUGCGCGAUCGCAGAUGAUAAAGAACGGUGCAUUUGAAUUUUGAUAUGUGGAUAUAACACACGGCUUAUCGUGUUAUAGUUGAAUAACGGUGUAUAGGAAAAUAUCUAUGACAAAUGGAGUCGAACAGAUGCUAAAAUGCGAGGUGCCCGGUCUAUCUGCGCAGGUGGAUCACCAACCUGAUGUUAACAAUCGCGUUUCUCCCCGCGUCUGCCGGGUCGGUAUGCUGUGAAGCUGGUUGUGAAUACCGGGACUCGAGUCAUGCUUCCCGGGGUCGGCGUGUUUGGCACCAGCUUGACCACGCGGGUGAUUAUCCCGCUUUUGCAGAACGAAGGAUUCCCCGUCAAGGCUCUAUGGGGACGGACUCAGGAGGAAGCCGAGGAGCUGGCCAAAGAAAUGAACGUACCGUUUUAUACCAAUAGAAUCGACGACGUUUUGCUGCAUCAGGAUGUGGAUUUGGUGUGUAUCAACCUACCUCCACCUUUAACGCGGCAGAUUGCUGUCAAAACAUUAGGUAUCGGUAAGAACGUGAUCUGCGACCGCUCCGCCACCCCACUGGAUGCCUUUCGCAUGAUGUCGGCCGCCCAGUACUACCCCAAACUGCUGAGCAUUAUGGGUAACGUGCUGCGCUUCCUGCCCGCCUUCGUACGGAUGAAGGAGCUCGUGGAGGAGGGCUACGUGGGGGAGCUGCUGGUCUGCGAGGCCCAGGUCCACAGCAGCAGCCUGUUGGGUAAGAAGUACAACUGGAGCUGUGACGACCUGAUGGGAGGUGGGGGGCUGCACUCGGUGGGUACCUACAUCAUCGACCUGCUCACCUUCCUGACGGGCCAGCGGGCGGCCAAAGUGCACGGCUUCCUCAAGACAUUCGUCAAGCAGACGGCGCACAUCUGUGGCAUCCGCCAGAUCACCAGCGACGACUUCUGCACCUUCCAGAUGGUGCUGGAGGGCGGCGCCUGCUGCACCGUCACGCUCAACUUCAACGUGCCCGGCGACUUCCGCCAGGAGGUGAUCGUGGUGGGCACGGUGGGCCGGCUGACAGUCAGCGGCACGGACCUGUACGGCCAGAAGAACACCAUGGAUGGAGGGCCGGAGCUACUUCUGAAGGACAGCACCCCUCUGGAGAAGGCCUCCCUACCGGAGAAGGCUUUCAGCGACAUCCCCUCACCCUACCUGACAGGAACUAUUUGCAUGGUACAGGCGGUGCGGCAGGCCUUCGAGGACCAGGAUGACCGGCGCACGUGGGAUGGAAGGCCGCUGACUAUGGCGGCCACCUUCGAGGACUGCCUGUACGCACUGUGCGUGGUGGACACCAUCAAAAAGUCCAACCAGUGUGGCGAAUGGCAGAACAUUGAGGUGAUGAAAGAGGAGCCCGAGGUGAGCCCGGCCUACCUGAUCAGCGAGGCCAUGCGGCGCAGCAGGAUGUCUCUCUACUGCUAGCACUGGCACCAAAAUGGCCGACUGGUGCUAGAGACCUGGGGGUGAGAGAGUGCCCUCAUCGGCUGGCUGUCUGACCAAUCGGGGAUAAGGGUCCUGUUUCGCUUGUCCCCAAAAUGAUGUGAACAGCGAUGAACACUCCUCUCUCUCUUUGUCCUCUUUUCUGGAUGAAUAAGCCUCGCACUGUGGGUCUGAGAAAGGGAAGCCGUUUCUAUGGAUGCUAGACUCUCGGGUCAACAGAGGGGUUUUAUUGUACCUCCUAGAGAGGUGAAUGUUUAAACCACAGGGGGCUUGAAUGGUUCAGUCCCUGUCUCAGUGUAUGUGUGCUGUGUAUGAGUGUGAAACCGGAGUGCAAAAAAAUGCCUGAAAAAUCUAUAGUUUGGCUGGUAGGGCUUUUAGUGAGCCCCCCCCCCCCCCCCCCCCCCCCCCCCCC